UCCUUAACUAAAAGAACGGAUCGGGAAUAGUUUACAUAUUAAAAGCUGCGGACUUUUAAAAAUGUACUACUUCAUUUACCGUUUAAAGACAUUUAACACGGAAUGUUUUUAGUACAAGGAAACCAGUACCCAACAAUAGAUAAUGUAUUUUUAUUAACUGAUCUAUGAAUCAAGGAACGUCUAUUUCGCACGCUGGGGCCACCUUCCUUUUUGUAGGCGUUAUGAAUCUGGAGCAUACAUUCCAGUUUAAUGAUUGCUCUGUUAUACCAAUCAGGAAGUCAUGAGACAGAGAAGUUGCAGAUUGCUUCGCCCGUUGUAUCACCCACUCAACUUCUUGUGAGCUUCCGAGCCAUGGGAUCAACGUCCAGAACUGUGUUUUCGAUCGAGUUCAGAUUUAUACAGUUUAUUUCACUAAUCUGUUGUACUCCGGUAGAAGUGCUGGCAGCAUUUAGUCAGGCACAUUUGUCCAGUCACAAUUUCUUUUCUCCGAACGCAGAAUUAAAAAACGUGAUUAACUACAAAACCUAUUAUUUUGACCAACAGAUUGAUCACUUUGGUUUUGCUGAAGACUCAACUUUUAAACAGAGAUACCUUGUGGCUGAUUAUCACUGGCAUUAUGCUGGAGGCCCCAUUCUCUUUUAUACUGGAAAUGAAGGAGAUAUUACUUGGUUCUGCAAUAACACGGGUUUUAUGUGGGAUGUAGCAGAAGAACUAGGAGCCAUGUUGGUGUUUGCAGAACACAGAUACUAUGGAGAAUCUUUGCCUUUUCGAGAUCAGUCUUACAGGGAUGCAAAGACACUAAACUUUUUGACCUCAGAGCAGGCUUUGGCAGAUUUUGCUGCAUUGAUAAAGCAUCUGAAGAAAACCAUUCCUGGCACCCAGAACAGCUCUGUUAUUGCUAUUGGGGGAUCCUACGGGGGAAUGUUGGCUGCCUGGCUCAGAAUGAAGUAUCCUUAUUUAGUAACAGGUGCCUUGGCAUCCUCUGCCCCAAUAUGGCAGUUUGAAGGCUUGGUUGAUUGUGGUAUCUUCUACAAGAUUGUGACUGAUGACUUUACAAAGGGUGGGAAGGAAUGUUCAGAAAGCAUCAGGAAGUCAUGGAAGGCUAUUGACAACGUUACCACAACAGUUGAUGGGCUGAAGUGGCUUUCUGAAACAUUUCAUCUUUGUUCUCCUUUGACAUCAAAAGAAGACGUAGCAUCCUUUAAGUCUUGGCUGAGUGAGACAUGGGUGAAUCUUGCUAUGGUCAACUACCCAUAUGAAGCUAACUUUUUACAGCCUUUACCAGCAUGGCCUGUCGAGGUAGUCUGUAAAUUUCUUAAAGAUUCAAAGUCAGAAGAUAAAAAAUUACUUCAAAAUAUUUUCCUGGCUGCAAGUAUUUAUUAUAAUUACACAGGGAAUGUAGAAUGUUUAAACACAUCCCAAACAGCUACUGGAAGUCUUGGCUACAUUGGAUGGUACUAUCAGGCUUGUACAGAAAUGGUAAUGCCUAUGUGUUCUGAUGGAAUCAGUGACAUGUUUGAGCCUCAGCAGUGGGAUCUAAAAGCAUUUUCUGAUGAGUGUUAUAAGCAGUUUGGAGUGAGGCCCCGACCAGAUUGGGUUACUACGGCAUAUGGGGGAAAGAAUAUUUCCUCCUACAGCAACAUAAUCUUCAGUAAUGGAGGUCUUGAUCCUUGGUCUGGUGGUGGUGUGACAACGCCUGUUCCUGAAUCUUUGGUUGUUAUAAUGAUACCAGAAGGAGCUCAUCACCUGGAUCUGCGCUACAAUAGUGCCUACGAUCCUAAGUCUGUCUUAAUAGCUCGUUAUCUUGAAGUAUGGUACAUGAAACUGUGGAUUAAAGAGGAUUCAAUAAAGUUAAAGUCAGAGUCUUAUACAAAUUAAUUAUGGCACAGUCUUAGUAUUGCUCAGGUAGGGUUAAUAAUUGUUUCACACGGGUUUUUUUAAGAAAUGUAUGGUUUUCUUUGUAAAAUGAAAGUUUAAUUAUUGGUGAUUCAUAGAUAUACAAAAAAUCACUUUUUGAAAAAAUCAAAUUUUUUUUGCACAUAAAGGUAUAUGCAUAUUUUUUUCAUAGUGCAGUGGGCGGAAAAUAUUUGAUUCCACUCACAUCAAGUUAAAAUGCAAUUAUCUGUAUCUUUAUUCUGUGACAACACUGUAAACAAUUAUUUGCACUUGAUUGUAUAUCUUCUUUUUUGUCAACAGAAUAUAGUACAAUAUGUAUAUCAGUUUUGUAAACUUUACUCACAAUUUUAGAUCAAUUUUGUCUUUACAAAUGCAUCAUUUUUAUCCAUUAUAUGGAUAGAGAAGGUUUUUAACAAUCGUCAAAUCCAAGGAGGAAAAAUAUCUUCUUAUUGUUAGAUUUUGCAUUUUAUUAUUUUACAUAAUUUGGUAGAAGAGUUUAGAUUUAUAACUUGAUUUUUUUAAUAUUUUGAAACUUCGUUUUUUUUGAUCACUGAGGAAGUGAUUCUGUCAGUUAAAAUUAAUGCGCAAAAUCUAUAAAUCACAGCUAUAAAGUGAGAAGUGAACAUUUGAAUAUAAUCUUAACAAGUAGAAUAUUGUGCGCUAAUGUUUAAAAAUUGUCAGCACUGUAUCUGAGCAUCAAGUUUCUUUUUUGUGUUAUAUUUACAAUUAAGUAUAUAAUUUUAUUUGUCAACCUUUUUUCAGAAUUACACUAACAAUCCACAACUGCCAAUGUAAUUGUUGUAUAAAAAGCAUAUCGACGAAUUUUCAUUUUCUUGUUGCUUUGUAAGUUAAUCUUUCUGAUCAGCGGUAUUCAGAUUGUUAACGUUUCCCGUAUUCCAUUUUUUUAAUAAUUGUUAAUGCAAGCAUUAAACUUAAAAAUAGGUCAAUUUUCCCAUGAAAACUAUAUUUUUCUUUAUUACUGAGUUUGCUUAUUAUUUGUAAUUGUUUUUGACAAUUAUGAUUUGUCCUUUUGGAGUAUAUUUUUUUAAGGGGAUUUUGACUUAUUUAUGUGUAAUUUUUUUCAUAAUAAACAAGAAUUUUGCUUA